AUGGAUUUCGACGACAUAGAAGCGCCGAUCAAAGCCACUUCUCGAGUCUCAAGAUUCGCGCCAAAAGCAUCCAAACUCAAACCUAAAACCGAACAAAUACUCGUUCCCAAAUCCGAACCACCUUCAUUCCCCUCCGCCAAAGUAGAGCCACCAGAAAUUGACUUAACUGCCAAACCUAAUGGCGUCGCAUCGACUAAUGGCACUGCCAAAAUUGACGAGUCUGAAGCAAAAUUGGAUUCCAUGGAUGUUGAUAUGACCGAGGCUGAAGUUCAAGAGGAUUCAACACAUGCUAAUCCAAUGGAGGAAGACGAAGAAGAGGAUACUGUGGUUCGCGAAAUCGAUGUGUACUUUUCACCUUCUGUGAAUGGCGGCACUAAGUUGUAUGUUAUGCAAUUUCCUUUGAGACCUUCCUGGCGACCUUAUGAAUUUGAUGAACGAUGUGAAGAGGUUAGAUUGAAACCUGAAAGUUCAGAAGUAGAGGUCGAUUUAUCUGUUGAUUUGGAGUCAAGUAACAUUGAUAGUGAUUUUUCAGAUAAACUCAAAUAUACAAAAGAGACUCUAUCAACUACAUGGAAACCACCUCCUGCUAAUGGCUGUGCCGUUGGGCUUCUUAUGGGAAAUAAGUUGCACCUUCACCCAGUUCAUGCAGUUGUGCAGCUCCGACCAUCACGACAUUAUCUUUAUUCUGGUGGCUCAGAAAAGAAGGAUGCUGCUCCGUCAAAGAAGCAGAAUAAACAGAUGAAUUCUUCAACUGAGCAAAAGAGUGACGAAGAUCAGUGCUGGCUUCCUCUUAAGUACCAUGGUUGCAAGAGUGAUAUCUCAUCUAGAUAUUUUCAGCAAAUGGUGGCACAAGAAAGUUCUCCAAUAAACUUUGAAAUGAACACGUAUGACUACAUUGCUACACUUUGCCCUGGAGUGAGCAGCAACACUCUAGCCAAAGGUCCUUCUAAAAGGUUUCUUCUAUCAUUGCCGGUGGAAAAACGUCUUGAGACAUUGCUUAUUGAGGGCCCUCCGCUUCAUCGUUUUAGUGCUAUCAAGCACUUUGCUCCUGAAUACUCUGACGACGAACUACUGAGUUUUCUGCAGCAACAUGCACAAUUGCUGCGGGGAUACUGGAUUCCAAAAGGUAGAUUGCUUUAUCCUAAUGGCGGUCUAGAAUUGCUGGCACGGAAUUAUGUCAUCGUGAUGUUUCACAAGAGUUUGAAAUAUUUGGCUGAUGAUUUGAGAAGACUUGGUAAACUUGCUAAUCUAGUGAAACCCUUUCUGAUGCAAUUUGCUUCGGAAAAAUUUGAUCUAAAACUCAAAGUUAUGUAUUGGAAGUUCAAAGAGCUUCCAAAUGAGUCCUUUAUAAAAGAAUUUCCAAAUAUUGUUAAACAACAAGAAGAAGUCUUUAAGAUUUUGGAACAAGAAGUAUCUGCUGUUGUUGAUAAUGCUGGAAAACACAGAUCAAAUAGAAGUGCUGUAACAAACAGUGGUGUCACUGUCAACAGUGCUCUUGUUAGAUCAACAAGCCCUGAUCCACUGGUAACAAUUGUGGGGGAAUUGCCUCCUAGGGAGAUGGCCAUGUCAAGUGAAACUCGUCAUGCUCUGCCAGUGGCCCUCAAGAAACUUUUCCAGACUCAUAAAGUUUGCAGCUUCCAAUUGAUAUUCCAAGAAUUGCGUGGAUUGGCACUUGCCCAAACAAUGCUUCCAAAGGGAGGUUCUAAAAUUGCUGUGGAUGCCGCUCAUAGUCUUGAUGUACCACAAGACGAGCUGAAGACUGUAUUGGGUGAUGUUGCAUGUGAUAUUAAUGGUUAUUAUGUCUUAAAAUCAUCACAAGACGAGCCAUUCAGAGAUGUUGUAAUCGAAAUGCUUCGUGGAGUUGGACCCAAUGGCAAGCUAAAGAAGGCUGAGAUAAUGGAAGCUGCUAAGAAAAAACUCGGUAGGGAGAUCCCUUUCGGUGAAUAUUCCAAGGCAUUGAAUGAAUUAUGUGUCUCAAAAAAUUCUCACUGGGUCUUGAAAAGUGGCGAUGGAAGUAAGCAAUGA